GAGAAUCCUUGAGCUUUGCGGAUGAUUUGCUUUCUGGUCUUGCAACAUCGUGUGUGGCAGCGGGUAGGAGCCACGGAGAUGUCCCUGAAACCAGCCUCUAUUCAGUCAUUUUCAAGUGCCUGGAACCAGAUGGUCUGUACAAAUUUACCCUUUACGCGGUGGAUACACGAGGGAGACACUCAGAGCUGAGCACGGUCACCCUGAGGACAGCCUGCCCGCUGGUAGACGACAGCAAGGCAGAAGAGAUAGCUGACAAAAUCUACAACCUCUACAACGGCUACACCAGUGGGAAGGAGCAGCAGACAGCCUACAACACGCUGAUGGAGGUCUCCGCUUCCAUGCUCUUCCGCGUCCAGCACCACUACAACUCCCACUACGAGAAGUUUGGAGACUUCGUCUGGCGCAGUGAGGACGAGCUGGGGCCCAGGAAAGCACACCUGAUCCUGAGGAGGCUGGAGAAGGUCAGCAAUCACUGCUCGACCCUGCUACGCAGUGCCUACAUCCAGAGCCGCACCGAGACCAUGCCCUACUUGUUCUGCCGCAGCGAAGAAGUCCGGCCGCCCGGCAUGGUCUGGUACAGCAUCCUAAAGGACACCAAAGUAACGUGCGAGGAGAAGAUGGUCUCCAUGCUGCGCAACACGUACGGGGAGUCCAAGGGGCGGUGAGGGAAGGUGCGGGCCUGGAGCUGUGGGAGGCAAAGGGACUCCGAGGAGUCGAGGACUUGUGAUGUGCUGAGUGGCUGGUGGAGUUCGGGGUCGGGUGGUCUUCGGAGGGGGUGGAAGGGGACAGCGAGGCCAAACAGGACUUUCUCACGCAGACGGCAGAGAGACAAGAAAUCAGCAAGUUGGACUUUAAUUUCUUUUCCUUUUUUUUUAAUUUUUCAAGAGGAA